UUAGGGUCAGAGAAAAGGUCAAAAUUCUGUCAGGAAAGCAGGGGAAAACAAAGUUAAAUUUUUCUGGAAAUCCUAAAUUAAUUUCUUUAUAUUCCAAUUAGUCAAAUUAGACUUUAGUUGUUGUUUAGCUAUUUUGUCUAUCUACAAAUUAAAUAAACAGAAUAUAUGUAUUUCAACAGUAGGUAAAAUUUUCGCUUAAAAGGUUUAAAGGUUAAAGUCAACAAGGCAGAUGAUUGUCCUUGCAUAAAGUUAUUUCUGUUGGACAUUGAAAGGCACGUCAUUUUCACUCCAUAAAGCAGCAAUAAAAUUCCUUAGCCAAAAGCUAAUGAAAUUUUCCGAUUUCAAAAAAGGAAAAUUCAUUGAGCAAAAGUAAGACGAUGUCCUAAUUUCGACAAUGGACUCAUGAUGCCAUCAAUUAUUCGACUUGAAUAAGGGAUGUAAAAAGAAAUUACAAUCAUACAUUCCAAUGAUAGAUAAAAUGGGAGAAAGAUAUUGAUUAAAGCAAGCAAAGGGAAAGAGAGAACGAGAGAUACAGAAGCAUGCGCGUCGAGGAGAUAUCGUCCCACCCAUGGCGCCGUCAUGCGAGGUAUCUGGAGCCAUCACUAGCCAUCACACUGCAGUUAGGCCGGGAACAAAGUCAGACGAGUCGAGGCCGCCGGAAGGGGUCAGUAGUCGGUGUGUUGCACUUCCUGGUCAUACAAAUCCGGCCAAUGACAAAAAAACAUUCAACCAUGUCUCACUCGAGUAAUGAAAUUCAGUCUUUGUAACAGGAAAAAGGAAGGUCCAGAAAAAAACGAUUCAUUCUCACAUCGAGACUCGCCCAAUGAGUUAGUUUAAUAAUGCUCGGCACGAAGCAGUGAAGUAGACCUGGCAAUAAAAAAGUAAACGAUUUAGAAUCAGUAAAAAAAAUUGCUGGAAAUAUUUUGAGGAUAAAGCAAGAAUGUCUGACAGUGAGGACACCGAUGGUUCCGGUGGUGAGUGGCCGGUGACCAAGGAAUGGCUCGAAGGACUAUUGGCCGAACAUCACGGCGCAGGAUCUCAAGUCACCGUUGAUGAUUUCACAGUGAGACCCGGUUGCACCGCUGGCGAAAGUGUUCUCAGUGACAUAUUAGCUGUAACGGUUGAAUAUCGAACGAAACCCGAUGACACGCGGUGCGAACUCAGUGUCAUUGUCAAGCUUCUGCCUCAGGACCCCUACAAUCGAUUCUUCGUCACCGAGGCUCAGUUCGAUCUCCGAGAAAUCAAAUUCUACACUCAGGUGGUACCUGAUUUGGAAGCCUUCCAAAAGAAACAGUUGACAUCGCCCGACCUAGCAAUCGAAUUGCCAAUUCCGGCUUGUAUCCACGCGCACUACAGUCCAGGUGGUGGCACAGAAGACAGUCCCGAACCACCAGAAUCUUUUCUCGUCUUAGAGAACCUAAGACCACGAGGUUUCGAGGGAGCGGAAUUCUCUCGCGGUUUGACACUAAAACAAGCCGAAGCAGCUCUCAGUGCUGUCGGAUGUUUACACGCUCUCUCCCUAACAUUAAAAGUCAAAGAAGGUCGCCAACUCUCCGAACGUUAUCCCUUUCUUUUCCAAACAGCCAGGGCGACCGAUUCCUAUCAGCAAUUAGUGGAACGUGGCCUCCCACAAUUGGCCCGUUUCCUCGAAAGAAGACCAGGUCUCGAAACAGUUCUCGAAGCUCUCCUCACUCUUCGACCUCGCACGAAGGAAGUAAUCGCCGCUCUUCUAGCCCCCGAGGAUCCUCUCUCACUCAUAACUCACACCGACUUCUGGUGCAAUAAUCUCCUCUUCAAAAAUGACGACGACGGAAGUUGUAAGUGCGCCAUCCUCGACUGGCAAAUGGUCACCUACAGCCGACCAACAAACGACAUCGCCCUCCUACUCGUCAGUUCCGUACCCACAGAACUACGACGUCGUCACACACAAACUUUACUCGAUAAAUACUGGGAGGUUCUCACCACAUCGAGUUUCAAUUUAGGUGUCGACAUUCCAAAAGAUUUAGGCUACUCGAGAUCCGAUCUCGACAAAGACUACAGACGAUCACAAUUACUCGCUCUUCUUCUCUGCAUAGGCUCAGUCGAUGUCGCUCUCGGCGAUCCUCUCACCGAACAACGUCUCAUUGACGUCCUCGAAGAUCUCCACAAUGACGGGGUCCUGACUGGUGAACUCGCCGAAACUACAGUUACGAAUCAAUAAGCCACCGCCAAUAACCUUUUGGUUUACGAUAAUCGCAUUAUCGCAUAUUUAGGACAGUGAACUGAUUGACCUCGAUCUGUGCAAAAUGAAGCCGUUACUUGUGUCUUUUAUUUCUCCACCAGUCGAGUUCCACAUUUAAAUUUCACAAUCUUACCCAAUACAACCAAAACUUGAAACUUAUUUAUUCAAGUUGUACAUAAAUAAGAAUUUAUUUUCACUCCGAAAAUUUUGCACGAAGCGACAAUCAUUUAUUUUUCCGAAAAGGAGACUCAAGUAACAAUUUCCAGUUCUGUGCAAUUGCCAAAGUAGAAAUUAUGAUAAAUUAGUACGAAACCAGUAGAAUGCAAAAGGAACAUUAAUCGCAAAAUCGAUGAAAAGGAAACUGUUUUUUUUUUAGAAGCUUUAUGCGUGCGAAAGUAAUCGAGCUUCUUCGUGAGACGAUUUUUCAUUUUCUUCACAUCGACAAAAAAAAGUGCGCGAUUAAAAUAUUGUUGAGUCGAAUAAUAAUGUUUGAUAAAAAUAUAAGCUUUGUUCACGUUGAUACAAAAAUAUUCAUUUUCCCUCAUUCACGAAAUCAACUAUUUUAUAUGAAAUCACAUUUUUCACUAAGGCACACUUUCCUUUUUUCGAAAAAAUUUUACGAAUUUUCCUAUUUUACGAAAAAAAAACAAAAAAAAAAAAAAACCUGUCUAUUGAAUGAAGAAAAAAUUGUAAAUUCAAUUAUGACAAAAAUUGACUCUUGAUUUUUGGCAUAUUUUGAAAUAUCAAAUAAUUCUACGAAAAAUAUUUAUUAAUACUACUCUCAGUAUUUGUGCCAAUACAAAAGACUGGCUAAUUAAAAGCUUGCAUUCAAUUUAUUGAAUAAAAUAAAGAGAAAUGAAAAAACAAAUCUAAUUGUUAAAAACUACUAGACGUAUUGUUAUUUUAUAAUUAAUACUUUUCCUGAAUAAUAAAUUAUCGAUAUAAAAACAACUUAGUUUUAA